AUGAAUUCGCCCCAGAGACGUGUUAUUCUGGUUGUACAUACCGAAAUCCUGGCACUCGCUCAAAUUGGCCAGUUUCGCCAAAUGAUCAAGACUGCCUCGACCGUAGAGACGCAUCCAUCAGACCAAAAUUCACGGGCUGGCACAGGAAUUGCGGCUCUUCGCCAGAGAUGUGGUCCCAGUAAAUUUUUCCAACAACGCUGCUGCUUAAUCUUCCUUCAGGGUAAUUCGCUCGACUGUAUAUCCACUCAUUCGACUGGGAAAACGGUCAAAUAG